GUUUGCAGGAAGCACUUCGCCGUUCGUUUGUUGCGCCAUGUCGUGUUGUGGACGGGGUCCCUCGACUCCGCUGGAGCACUUCGCCAUGAUGCUGAACAUGCAGAACCGGAAGAGAGGAGACGAAGAGACCAUGAAGAUGAGUUACCCGAUGUACACUGUAGCAGCCGAAGUGCUGUUGAAGAUGGAUCGACUCCGACCGCAUGAACGGUUAAUGGAGCAAGGGAUGCUCGUGGAGUUCAAGAAGGGUAUGGGAAAUGCGGCCUUCGUUUCGCAUCAGUGGGUGGGAGGGGAACAUCCCGAUCCAGAGUUCAAGCAGUUCCAAGUUUUACAGGAGGCCUUGCGACGCACCCUUACUGACUUGAAGGUCAUUGAAUUGGACAUCUACACGGAGAGUUUUGUUCCGAGUGCCAAGAGCUUGCCAACCAACAAGCUUUGGUCCGAAGCACUCUUCGUGUGGUAUGACUAUUUUUCGUGCCCACAGCUCGAGCACAACGGGACUCACUACACUGAUAUCAACCAGACAAGUGAUCUUGCUCUUGCCAUUGAAAGCAUCCCUGCCUAUAUCACAAAGUGUGCAUUCUUCUUUGUCUUGUGCCCCACGAUUGAGAAUGCCGAUUCCUCCAAGUUGUUCACUCCUGUGACCUGGGCUCAGCGUGGCUGGUGCCGCAUGGAACGCGCCUGUCGAGAGCUCUCCAUGGAAGCUUCGUGGAUCAUGAUCAAAUCCUCGGGGUGGUUUGAGCUUAUUGGCUCGCCCUUGGGAUCUUUUGCCUUUGGCGGACCUGCUGGGGAGGGCCAAUUCAGUGUCGAAGAGGACCGCCAGAAAUUGGGGCCAGUGAUGGUGCACCUCUUGAAGCACAAGUUGCAUUCCCUCCUCAAGGCCAAGGAUCUGGUGGGGUACCGGUUGCUGCUGAACACGCAGAUGACCCAUCUUGGAGGCUUCAAGGUUGAUGUCGUGGACGACGUUGUCCCCUGCUUUGAACCAGAUCCCGACUCAAAGCCUGACUCCUUGUCGGUCAUCGUAUCGCGAUUCUUCUAUCAGAAUGGCUUCAAAGGAGUCAACGAUGUGGACCGUGCCGGCUGGUCACCUCUCCACUAUGCCGCAUUGAAUGGAAAUCCACAGUUGAUUCAAGGCUUACUGGAGCAACGGGCAGAUCUGAAUUGCAAGACCCACAAAGACCAACCAAUCAUUGGCAUGCACGGCCACGCGUCUGCACUGGUCAUCAGCCUUUUCUUCAAGCAAAACAAGGUUGUGCGCUUGUUGCUGGAAGCUCGGGCCAUCAUGGACGGAGGCCUGCAUCCUCCGAUCUAUUGUGCGGCCAGGGCAAGCAACUCCGAAGGUGUUCGCUUGUUGUGCGAAGCCAGCUGCAACAUCCACGCAAGGGAUUUGUACGAUGUCUCAGGCUUUGAAGCUGCCGCCAUGAACGGAGCUCGUACUUCCAUGGAUGUUUUGGCUGCGGCAGGUGCCCUGGAAAGCGCCAACAUGGGCAAUGUGCUUUUUUGGUCGCAAGUCUUUCGGGGAGGUCAGCGGGAGAUGGUCCAACAUUUGCUGGAUUUGCGGGCUGAUGUGAACUAUCAGUACGGUUGGCCAUCCCUUCGGACCACCUUUGGGCAGUUUGUGGCCCUGAACACGCUGAAGUACCGGCUGGGCAACCGAACCCGGAACCCCCGACGCUGCUUUCACGGAGUGGAAGGGACACCACUAAUGAUGGCGGUGAUCGCCGGGGAAUACGAAGGAGCUGCUGCCCUGAUUGCAGCAGGAGCAGACAUCAAUAUCCGCAAUGGGCGGGGGGUCACUGCGGGCGAUCUAGCACAAGGAUUGGCUGUGCCAGAUUUCUUAGCGGAGGGUCUUCUUGGUCGGCGAGCAGAAUGUGAGAGAAUCCUCUCAAUUUCACUCGCAGGCAGCCUAGUAGAAACCAAGCUUUGAUGCAGCCAUUCCAAGCUCAAGGCUUCGAUGUUUCUUUGUUUUCAACUUUCUGUCAUUUCCAUCAAAGAGUGAAAGGACCUUCGGAUCCGCGUCUCAAGCCUGUUAGUUUGAGCGGCUUGUGGAUAUGUUAUAUGGUUUUGGACGCGUCUUCAGAUGUUCUCCCAAGCACCUCACUAUCUUAGUGAUAAGACAGAACAUCAACAAAGUGGAAUUUGUCAGUCAUCGCCAUGGUUUUCUGUCGUCAGAAACACUUACUGUCGUCAGAAACCGGUUGGCACGAGUUCGCCUCAUUUCCGGCCAGCAAACUUGGGAAGGGUACUGAGAGACUCCAAAAAGACUGGAAGUCUGGCCUGAUGGUGCCUACACUCCAUGCGAAACUAGCAUUUAACCACGACCAGGUUACCUUAACCACGACCAGUUUACCUUAACCACGAGAAGUCUC